AUGACCAACUGGCCCGACGUUCACAUCAAGGCCGCCUCCGGCGUGCCCUUCUACACUCCAGCCCAGAGCCCACCAGCUGGGACUGCCCGAAACCCCCAGACCAGCGGCAAGCCCAUUCCGAAACUCUUCCAACCCUUGAAGAUCCGCAACCUCAGCUUUCAAAACCGCCUGGGCCUUUCCCCCAUGUGUCAAUAUAGCGCCGACGACGGACACAUCACACCCUGGCACCAGACACACUAUGGUGGAAUCGCCCAACGCGGUCCCGGCCUCAUGAUCAUCGAAGCGACUGGCGUGCUACCCGAAGGCCGUAUCACUCCUGGCUGCCUCGGCCUCUGGAAAGAUUCCCAGAUCGCGCCCCUCAAGGAAGUUGUCGACUUUGCACAUAGCCAAGGUCAGAAAAUCGGUAUUCAACUCGGUCACGCUGGCCGCAAAGCCUCUACCCUUCCCCCUUGGGUAGGCGGCGCCACUGCUACCAAUGCUGUCGGCGGAUGGACCGAUAACGUCAAGGGCCCCAGUGCUAUCCCAUUCUCUCCCAACGAUGUUGUACCAAAGGCUAUGACCGAGGAAGAUAUCGUGGAAUUGAAGGAAGCUUGGGAAUCCGCUACCAAGCGUGCCCUGAUUGCUGGCGUGGACUUUAUUGAAAUCCACGCUGCGCAUGGCUAUUUGCUUUCCUCCUUCUUAAGUGCGUCUUCCAAUCAACGUACCGAUCAGUACGGCGGUAGCUUCGAGAACCGAACCCGUCUACCACUCGAGGUCGCCCAGUUGACCCGUGAUCUCGUCGGUCCCGAUAUGCCCGUGUUCCUCCGUGUUUCCGGUACAGACUGGCUGGAAAACAGCCUUCCGGACGAGAAGGGCUGGAAGCUUGAAGACACUGUGGAAUUCGCACGCCUGCUCGCUGAGCAAGGUGCGGUGGACUUGAUCGAUAUUAGCUCUGGUGGUGUCCAUGUGGCACAGAAAAUCACUAGCGGUCCCGCCUUCCAGGCUCCUUUGGCUGCGGUCGUCAAGAAGGCUGUUGGAGAUCGCCUGAAGGUUGCCGCUGUGGGUAUGAUUAACCACGGUGACCUUGCUGAGAAGAUCUUGCAAGAAGACAACCUUGAUGUUAUCCUGGUCGGACGAGCAUUCCAGCGUGAUACAGGUCUCGCAUGGCACUUUGCUAAGGACUUGGAUGUGGAAAUUGCCAUGGCUGCGCAGAUCCGCUGGGGCUUCACAAGCUUCCGAAAUGCUUCCGAGUAUAUCCAGCCGAACUCGAUGAAGGCGACCAUCUUCGAUUAG